GAACCAGUCACUACAUUUACAUCUGAAGCACUAUGGUGUGAACUGCGAUGACUGGUUAUUACGUCUCAUGUGUGGAGGAGUGGAGAUAAGGACAAUUUAUGCGGCUCACAAGCAAGCAAAGGCUUGUCUCAUUUCACGGCUAAGCUGUGAACGGGCUGGCACCAGAUUUAAUGUCAGGGGAACAAACGAUGAUGGCCAUGUGGCUAAUUUUGUGGAAACAGAGCAGGUGAUAUUUUUAGAUGAUUCUGUGUCAUCUUUCAUACAGAUUCGAGGAUCUGUUCCAUUAUUUUGGGAACAGCCAGGCCUGCAGGUGGGAUCCCAUCGUGUCAGAAUGUCAAGGGGUUUUGAGGCAAACGCACCAGCUUUUGACAGGCACUUCCAAACUCUUAAAAAUUUAUAUGGCAAACAAAUUAUUGUAAAUUUACUUGGGGCAAAAGAAGGGGAGCACAUGCUCAGCAAAGCUUUUCAGAGCCACUUGAAAGCAUCUGAACAUUCUGCUGAUAUCAAAAUGGUGAACUUUGACUAUCAUCAAAUGGUUAAAGGUGGAAAGGCAGAAAAACUGCACAGUGUGCUUAAACCUCAAGUCCAGAAAUUCUUAGAAUGUGGAUUUUUUUAUUUUGAUGGAAAGGAAGUUAAAAGAUCUCAAAGCGGGACUGUCAGAACAAACUGCUUGGACUGUCUGGAUAGAACAAACAGUGUGCAGGCUUUCUUUGGCUUAGAGAUGCUCACAAAACAACUGGAGGUAUUAGGAUUAGCUGAGAAGCCGCAGUUGGUUACUCGCUUUCAGGAAGUUUUCCGAUCCAUGUGGUCUGUGAAUGGUGAUUCUGUCAGUAAAAUUUAUGCUGGGACUGGAGCCCUUGAAGGAAAAGCUAAGGCUGGAAAGCUGAAGGAUGGUGCUCGUUCUGUGACUAGAACGAUUCAAAAUAACUUUUUUGAUAGCUCCAAGCAGGAGGCCAUUGAUGUUUUGUUAUUGGGAAAUACCCUAAAUAGUGAUUUAGCAGAUAAAGCACGGGCUCUCUUAACCACCAGCAGUUUACGCGCAUCUGUGAAAGUACUAAAGAGUAUGUGUGAAAACUUCUAUAAGUAUGCAAAACCGAAAAAAAUCAGAGUCUGCGUCGGGACGUGGAACGUGAAUGGAGGGAAGCAAUUUCGAAGUAUUGCCUUUAGAAAUCAGACUCUAACUGACUGGCUUCUAGAUGCACCAAAGUUAGCUGGCAUUCAUGAGUUCCAAGACCGCAAAAGCAAGCCUGUAGACAUAUUUGCCAUUGGAUUUGAAGAAAUGGUGGAGUUAAAUGCAGGAAACAUUGUGAAUGCCAGCACAACCAAUCAGAAGCUCUGGGCUGCUGAACUGCAGAAGACUAUAUCAAGAGAUUACAAGUAUGUGCUGCUGGCUUCUGAGCAGUUGGUGGGCGUCUGCCUUUUUGUGUUCAUCAGGCCCCAGCAUGCUCCUUUUAUCAGGGAUGUUGCUGUUGAUACCGUAAAGACUGGCAUGGGAGGAGCCACUGGCAAUAAAGGUGCAGUAGCAAUUCGGAUGUUGUUUCAUACAUCCAGUCUUUGCUUUGUCUGCAGUCAUUUUGCUGCAGGGCAAUCGCAAGUUAAAGAGAGAAACGAAGACUUCGUAGAAAUAGCUCGCAAGCUCAGUUUUCCAAUGGGAAGAAUGCUCUUUUCCCAUGACUAUAUCUUUUGGUGUGGUGACUUUAAUUAUCGAAUAGAUAUUCCAAAUGAGGAGGUCAAGGAGCUAAUACGACAGCAGAACUGGGAUCCUCUUAUAGCAGGAGACCAACUUAUCAAUCAGAAAAAUUCUGGACAGAUUUUUAGAGGAUUUUUGGAAGGGAAGAUAAAUUUUGCUCCUACGUACAAAUAUGAUCUGUUUUCUGAUGACUAUGACACCAGUGAAAAAUGUCGCACACCGGCAUGGACAGAUCGUAUUCUUUGGAGAAGAAGAAAAUGGCCUUUUGACCGAUCAGCUGAAGACCUGGAUCUUCUGAAUGCAAGUUUUCACACUGACAGUAAUGUCCCUUAUACGUGGAAUCCGGGUACUUUGUUGCACUACGGACGAGCAGAACUGAAAACAUCUGAUCACAGGCCUGUGGUUGCAUUGAUUGACAUCGACAUCUUUGAAAUUGAAGCGGAAGAGAGACAAAAAGUUUAUAAGGAGGUGAUCGCAACGCAAGGACCACCUGAUGGUACUGUAAUGGUCUCCAUCAGAAGUUCUUCGGCAGAAGAAAACUAUUUCGAUGAUAACUUGAUUGAUGAUCUUCUUCAAAAAUUUGCAAGCUAUGGUGAAGUUAUACUUAUAAGGUUUGUGGAAGACAAGAUGUGGGUAACAUUUUUGGAAGGAAGCUCUGCUUUGAAUGCUAUGAAUUUGAAUGGUACUGAGCUACUAGGAAAGAUUAUAAACAUAAGCUUGAAAAAUCCAGAUUGGAUUAGAACUCUGGAAGAUGAAAUGAAUCUAGAGAAGAUUAAUAUUGGGCUGCCUUCAUCAACAAGCUCCACUUUGCUUUGUGAAGAUGCUGAGGUUACUGCAGACUAUGACAUGGAAGGAGACAUUGAUGACUAUAGUGCUGAAGUAGAAGAGAUCCUUCCUCAGCAUCUACAGCCAACUUCAAGCUCUGGUCUUGGAACCUCCCCAAGCUCUUCCCCGCGUUCCAGUCCCUGCCAAUCCCCUACACUAUCGGAUGGACCGAUGCUUCCAGUGAGACCGAGCCGAGCACCCACAAAAACUCCUGGACCACCUGUUCCCACGCACACUGAAAUUCAGCUUGGUACCCAGCAGAAAGAGUCUCCUCAGAGCUUGGAACCGAAGCGUCCUCCACCACCUCGCCCCGUUGCUCCUCCUGCACGCCCCGCUCCACCACAGAGGCCGCCUCCACCGUCAGGUCUUGGAGCUCCUCCCAGUCCUGGGGUAGCUAGGAGAGAAGUAGAAGCGCAAAAAAGUCCUGGAACACAAAGAAAAGAUAACCUAGUUCGUAAUCAACCUCCACCUUCAGCUGGAAUUUCAAGUGGAGGAACUGCUGGAUAUAGUACAACCAGACCGACUGUCCCACCUCGAGCUGGAGUUAUUAGUGCACCACAAAGCCAUGUCCGUCCCUCUGGUGCAAGACCAGCACCUGAAACUCAGACCAAGCCAGCUGAACCACCAAGGGGCUCGCCAUUGCUUCCCGAACCACUAAAGCCUCAGGCUGCUGGACCUGCUCAGGCCACCACUCAGCCAAUGCCUGUGCUAAGGAUGCAGGAGCCUCUCAUACCUGUGGCAUCGCAUCCGUCUCAGACGAGUGCCCCACAAAGUCUGGAACCCCCACAACCACCUCCUCGUAGCCGAUCAUCUCACAGUUUGCCUUCUGAAUCUGCUUCUUCACAGCAGCAAAUUAAAACAAAUGGAACGUGCGGCACUAAACUUGAAACACAGUUAAACAGUGAUCCUUUCGAAGAUUUGUCAUUUAAGCUGCUUGUGUCAAAGAUGCAGACGUCUGUUCGAACAUCACCUGUUCCGACUUCAAACCAAAAGGAGUUGAUACAGUUGCCUUCAGCAACACCAAGAAAUGCUGAUAUUCUGAAUACUGUAAAUUGCAUGCCACCAAUGCCUCCUAUUCCGACCUUUAGCGCAUCCCAGGAACAUAAGCGCAGCUCUCCAAAUCCAUUUAUUACUGGACUGAACUGCACAAAUCCAUUCACUGAAAGAACUCCUAAUGCUGGAAACCCAUUUAGAACGGAAACACAAAAGGCAGAAGUAACUUCACAUUUACUAGAAGGACAUGCUGCUUGCAAUCCUUUCCCUUCUCUAAAUCCCCCCAGCUGUAAUACAAGCACACCUGUAUUUUCCACCGAUGCACAGGAAAACACUUUUUGCUUGCGAAGUAAAUCUCUUGUGGUAAAAAAUGUACAGCCAAAAGGAUGGGUAACAUUUGAUGAUGAUGAUGAGAAUUUCAACGUAAAGCUAAAGCCAUCUAAAAGUGUUCCAGAUUUUAAGCAAACCAGUUCCAGGAAGUCAGCUGGAUCUCCAGAUUUGCUGGGCACCAAACAAAAUACUUUUCUUGGUUCAGACUUUAACUUUGAUAAUGACUGGAGUAAAAGUUCUACUAAUUGCUUCUAUACAAUGCCAGCAAGAAGACCACCUGCACCUCCUAUACCAUCAAGAAUAACCAGCAACAGAUCCCCCGCUGAUCCUUUCACACCUUUGGCACCUAAGGUGUUACCAACACAAGAUUUUACAGAAAGAUAG